AUGCCGCAAAAGUUCCUAGACAAGCUGGUGCAGAAUCGCUUCCAAUCUGCCAAACAGUUGCGGAAACUGUUGCAAGAGGGUCUCCAUGAUGCCAAACGCGCUCGUCAUCGACCGUACAAACCCCGACGGCAUCGCAAUGCUCCCAAAUAUCUCAAAGGCGUCCACAACGGCGUCUACUAUCGCAUCAGACUCCCUCAACAGAGGUCUCUGCCAGAUCUACAAAAAAUACCUUCCCCGACGCUCCCUCCCAAAGCUUUCAAACCCCUUCCCCCCAAGGAAAGUCACAAAGCGCAAAGCCGUAAAGAAGGUUUCGAAGACUUUUGGAAACGCGCACGCUUCUGGUGGAAAGAAAAUUACCCCGUUGUCAUUCUCAACUUUGGGUCCAUCUGCACACUCACCGGGUUCACCCGCUCGGACGUGCUCGAACUCCGCGUCCUAUCAGUAGUGGGAUCUCUCGGUUCGGCCGUUUAUAACCUCACUCGGAAACCUAUACUCGUUGCGCCCCUUCUCUGGAGCGCCACCUUUGCCGCCGUCAACGGCUACAAAAUAUUCGAAAUCAUCCGCGAACGCAAAGGCACCGUCCGACUCUCGGCUGAACAGGAAACGUGGUACACCCGCUUCUUUAUGCCGCACGGAGUUACACCCAAACAGUUUGAAGCCAUUCACAAUCGAGCCCAAAUAUUCCGACUGCAACAAGGCUCUUGUUUGAUUAAGCAACACGACAAAUUGGAAUACGUUUAUCUCAUUGUGGACGGCACGACACGGGCGAGUAUUCUGGGACGUCACCUGACGGCGGCAUCCGUCACUCCUGUAGCAUACAAGGAAAAGGAAGGUGGGGCUUCGGGAGCCUGGGUAGGUGAAAUGGCCUUUCUGGAAGCGUACUGGAACACGGAGCAAGGCCAGAAACACCAACACUCGGACGAUGCCCCGUCCAGCGCACAACCACCACAGCGUCAAGGACGGGCGGCUACGCAAAGUGAUCACCCGCACGCACCUUUGGCACUCGCCGAAGCGGCCGCAGCCGCCGUAUCCGCGAAGGACGCCGUCGCGGUUCAAGGCAGUGCUGCCACCCGCUCCACCUCGAACGUAUUAAAAUCAUCGCAUUCGCUGUACACCAUUGUAGCCAAGGAGGACUGCGUCGUUAUGCGCUGGUCGCAUGCCGAUAUGGAAGCACUCAUGGCGCGGUCGACCGAUCUGCGGGCCGCCAUGACACGGGCCAUGACGGCUGCUAUUGUGGGCAAGGUCAUCAACUUUACCGUAAGCAAGAGUAGUGCCCUUCCAACCUGGUCAACGUGGUUGGAUGACUGGAAGCACAAUGCGGGUGCUCGUAUCUCGGUACAGCAAAGACCCACGCCGGUCAAGUAUCUAGUGCCUGGCGAAGGCGAAGACGAGAUGAUUGACAAACGUGGCAACGUGGAGAAUCAUGACCGAAGAACGCUCCCCGAAAGCGUCCAGACGUACCCUACCUAUCGAUAG